GCCAAGCGUUCGGAAUCCGCCCAGCAGACGCCUGUGCUGGCAGACACGAAAGCUGGCAAGGAUGAUGCAGAGAUUCGUUCACCCGCCAAGGAGCAUCAAAUUGUGCCGGCUUCACCUCCAAAAACUCCAGAAGACUCAGGAAAGACUGAUCAGAAAAAAAACAAGCGGACCUUGCUUCAAGUGAGCCGUGAGAAACCGGAAGACAGCUGCAAGAAGGCAAAGACGACUGCAACAGAGAAGAAGGCCAACACCUUUGACGAGGCAGAUCAAGCUGAGACACCUGAAAAAGUGAGCCCUUACAAUCGAAAACGUGACGCUUGCGAAAUUUGUGGUGUGAAACGCACUGCCACUCAAAGAGGCUGUGCCUGCCCCACAUGUCUCCAAAUUCUUCGCAAGACUUGUGGCCACCAAAGUGUAAGCAAGCUGAAGGAAGAUGCUUCUUUGCUCCAGCAAGUCAAGGAAAGUUCUUUGGAGGCUCAGGAGGAGGCACAUGAAGAAGCAGGAGAUGCAGUUCCCGGUGGAAAGCGGAUGAAGAGGAUCGAAGCCAUGUUGCAGAAAAUUUUGCAGCAUUUGGGCCUUGAUUGA